AUCGCCAAGCAAGCAAAUACCCCUCCCGCAAUUGAAGGGUUUCGAAGAUCGGAAUCUGUGGGGAGGCGGGAGCAAUUCGACGUUUUCUCGAGCUGGAAAGAUGUUCUGGCGAAUGGCGGGAUUGUCCACGGCUUCUGCCGUUGAAGCAAUUUUGGACAAAGAUCAUUUCACAUUAGAGGAACUUCUUGACGAGGAUGAAAUUAUUCAAGAAUGCAAAGCCCUCAAUGGACGACUCUUAAACUUCUUGAGAGAAAGAGUGCAAGUGGAACAACUGGUUAGGUACAUAAUAGAGGAGCCUCUCGAAGAUGGGGAACAGAAGCGAGCAUUCAAGUUUCCUUUUAUUGCCUGUGAAAUUUUCACAUGUGAGAUUGAUAUGAUACUGAAAACACUUGUUGAGGAUGAAGAGUUGAUGUUAUUGCUGUUUUCAUUUCUGGAAGCCAAAGAAACCCAUAACUCAUUGCUUGCCGGAUACUUCAGCAAGGUUGUCAUUUGUCUGCUAGUGCGAAAGACGAUCCCUUUCAUGCAAUUCAUAAAAGAUCAUCAAGAAAUACUGAACCAGCUUGUUGAUUUGAUUGGUAUAACAUCUAUAAUGGAGGUUUUAAAACGCCUGAUCGGUACUGAUGAACACCUAUAUUCAAACUACACAAGUGCAAUGCAAUGGGUGGAAGAUACGGAUGUUUUAGAGAUGAUUGUAGACAAGUUCGGCUCCUCGGAUUCUCCCGAGGUACAUGCCAAUGCAGCUGAAAUCCUUUGUACUGUAGCAAGAUACGCACCCCCUGGGCUUGCAACAAAACUUUCCAGCCCCAGUUGCACUGGAAGGUUGUUGAAACAUACUUUAGAAGAUUCACGGCCUAAGUCUGUUCUGGUUAAUUCAUUAUCUGUAUGCAUCUCUCUGCUGGAUCCUAAGAGGUUUACAUUGGGGACUUAUCAUAUGUAUGGUCGUCAACUAGCCCAUGAAAGCCUGGUAACUAAUCCCGAGACAGUGGAGGGAAUGCUUGGAAGCCUAGGUGAUUUACUCAUGCUUUUGAAUGUAUCAUCUGCUGAGGGUGUUCUGUUAACAACCUAUGGCAAGUUGCAACCACCUCUUGGAAAACACAGACUAAAGAUUGUAGAGUUUAUUUCAGUCUUACUUACAGUCGGUAGUGAAGCAGCGGAGAAGGAAGUAAUUCGACUUGGAGUGGUGAAAAGAGUGUUGGACUUGUUCUUCGAGUACCCCUACAACAAUUUUUUACAUCACCAUGUGGAGAAUGUAAUUCUCUCAUGUUUGGAGAGCAAAAACUCUCAACUUCUUGACCAUCUUCUCAGCGAGUGCAAUCUUAUUGGGAAUAUACUAGAGGCGGAAAAAAACUCCAUAUUAAGUGAUGCUGAUUCUGAUAAGCUUCAUCCUACAGUCCCCGCAGAGGGUAGAAAGCCACUAAGGAUUGGAAGCAUUGGUCAUUUGACUCGUAUCUCGAAUAAACUUCUCCAGCUAGCUAAUAGCAAUGAAGAAAUUCACUCACACUUGCAGGAAAAUAGCAAUUGGGUGGACUGGCAGACGGAUGUCCUGUUAAAGCGUAAUACGUUGGAAAAUGUUUACUCUUGGGCCUGCGGGAGGCCAACUUCACUCCUUGAUCGUAAUAGAGAUAGCGAUGAUGAUGAUUACCACGAUAGAGACUAUGAUGUGGCAGCCCUAGCAAAUAACUUAAGCCAGGCCUUUAAAUAUGGAAUUUACAGCAACGAUGACAUGGAUGAGGCCCAAGGCUCUAUGGAACGGGAUGAUGAGGAUGUCUACUUUGAUGAUGAAUCUGCAGAAGUCGUCAUAUCUUCCUUGCGCCUUGGAGAUGAUCAGGAGAGCGGUUCCCUCUUCACAAAUUCAAACUGGUUAGCUUUCGAUGAUGAAAAAGCUGCGAAGGAGCGCUCAGUGAGCUCAAUCGCUUCCCCUUCAGCCGGUGGUGAUAAGGAUGGUGAUGAUGAUGUCGUCAUAGGUGAAGCCGAUGAAUUCAGCGAGACUACAGCCUCUUCCGCGGCUGUUGAUAUGGAAACAGAAGACUCUGCAUCGAAGAAUCCUUCAGAAAACCCGAGUGAACUAGAAGCUGAAAAAUCACCUGCUUGGGUUGAAUGGAGAGAGACCUCCGAGUCCACUGCGCCUUCUUCAAAACCGGAUGAAGACACCAUAUUGCCCAGUGGUGUGGUUCAAACCGAGAAAGAGGAUACUGGUGAUGAUACGGAUAAGAAAAGUGCGGAGGAGAAUCCACCAACAAGUGCAUGUGGCGAUGAAACCACAGAGAGCUCAUCAGAUGCAGCAAGUUGUGAGGCUGAAAUAGCGGAGAAGUUGACAGAAUCAAGUUGUGAUGCAUCAAAACAAGCAGCUGAAUCGCAUGAGAAUGCUCAAAGUUCUGAACCUGCAAUCCCGCGGGAGACAGAGAAGAGCCAGGAAGCAGAAGUAGAUGAUGCCAAAGAAACUAAAGAAGCUGUAAAGGAGCCAGAGAAGGUAGUGUGAGCUUUACUUUAAACAGGGGUCACGUUUUAUAACUAGUAAAUCAAAUUCUUGCUUGGUUCUUCUUUGGUUUAUAUAGUUUUGUUUAAGGGAAUGUAUCUGUUACGGAUACGAGUUAUUACUAUUCUUUUUCUUUUUCCUUGUUCACGUUUUCAUUGUAUCAUUUCCAAAUUCAGUCCCAACAUUAUUGCCGACCAAAACUUACUGUUAGCUUAUCAUUUUUUCUAGUUGAAGUUUUCUCUUUUACCUCA